AUGUUUGAGGAUUUCAUCCGACAUAAAAAAUACAGGCAAGUCGGGCUCAAACGGUCGCAAUAUGAGCACCUUGUGGACCUUGAAAUCCGGCACAAGCUUCUACGAGAAGUUGAAACGAGAAGAGGGAGGAGGAUAGAACCAAGAGCCAAAAGAACCUUUCUACGGCGUGUUUCUGAGAUUAUCAAGAGCAGGCCGCUUCCAGAAGAAACCUAUGAAACGUGGCAUUUUAGAGAUGGUAAAGUUGAGGAGGAACCCCAACCGAAAAAGAGAAAGACGGACAUAGGUCUAAAAUUCAAUAACUUGGUGGAUGAGCUCGUGUAUGAAGCAGGUAUCAUAGAAAAGAGUAAAGAGAGUGAAGCCAGUGAAGAUGAAGGUGCGGGUGAACACGAAAAUGAUAAUGAGAGUGAGAAUGAAAAUGAGGAGCUGGACUCCCAAAGUGAUAGCGACAGUGACAGCAACAGUGACAGCAACAGUGACAGCGACCGUGAUUAUGAUAGUGGAAAGGACAGUGAUAUAGAAGUUGAGGAGGAGAAUCGGGAAGACAGUUGGGCCCAGAAAAAGCUUCGCAAGAUCGAAGCCGGGCUUGAUACUACACGAUCAUGGGCCAAGGACAGGUUCAUUCUCACCAAGGCAGGAAUGGAGUUUUCUGGGUUGCAUCAGGAGAGAGCAUCGCUCAUCAAGCAGCAUGCUACCAAUGUGCUGAACUUGCUACACAUCAAUAUGCUACGACAGGAGUGGGAUCUCGCGUACAGAGCGUUCUGCAUUCUUGUGAGGUUUGAUUUCGUGGAUGUCAGAGCGAUAUGGCCACUUGGCGUAGAGAUAUUAACGAGACGAAGAGAGAAUAUGAUCAAAAUGGGUACCGGCUCCAAGCUAGACUUCUUGAAGUGCAGGCAGUUCUUGGACUGGCUCAGGCUCGUGUACCCUGUGUUGCCAGGCGUGGUGUUGACAAAAAACUCACGAGUAGGGCCGGUGUUUCAUUCAGGAUCUCGACGACAUGCUCCUGCUUUCGUAGCAGCAUCACUAUGGGAGCUAUUGCUAGAUAAGCGGUAUACAAGAGUACGGGAGACGUUGGAGGAAUUGCUCUUGGUGCCUCCCUAUUCUGUUGACGGCAGCUUCCAUUUCAUCGCUGCCGUGUGCUGUCUCUGUGAGAACAUUCAUUUGGCUGAUGUAUACGUGAAAUUCGACAAGAAUGAAACACUUCCUUCGGAGGAGGUGAUUGGCGACUUGGCUGACGAUAUGAUGCUUCUAGGGUCAAAGGACGCUAUUCAAGCUCUUAUAUUGAGCAACAUCUCCAAAAUUGAGGAGCUGCUUGAGUGUUGUAAGAUGUUGAAGUUUGAGUACCCCAAAGCUCAAAUCGAGGAUCAAAUGACCCGAUUGAAGCAGUUCUUGAACGGAAACAUCACAUCUCUUGCCCCUGAGGCUCCAGUGACAGAGACAUCGAAGACUGCCAACGGCAUAUCGUUUGUGCAUGGAGUGGCACUGGAAACCUCACAGGGACCUCAUGUCAUUCCCGAAAAAUAUAUGCAUAGAUUUGUUCACCCUGAUGAAGAUAUGAAGAUUUCUUGGGUCUGGAGGUGGUUCCUGAAAAUUGAGGGUGAGACUCCAUCCGCUCGUUGUAUCAAGUGCCAGGAACUGAUAAAAAGAGAAACUAGUGGAUCAACAAAGUCUUUAAUCAGGCAUUUGAAGAAGCACGGGAUCGACAAGGAUACGCGCCCAGUGAAGCAAAGGAUCGAAAUCCGUCCUGAGUUUCUAGGAUCUAGGGAUUUGCCGCAUGAUCUCACACAAGAGGGUGAUAAAGCACCCGAGGAUCGUUUGAGAAACGCAUCCCAAAAAUCGCCCAAAGGUCGGGAAGUUAUGUCAAAAGCAUAUCAUUCUAGCGGGAUUAACCCGAACGAUAGCGAAAUUGAACAUGCAACUGAUGCAAGUGACAGUUGCAGUGUCGACAGCUCUCAGGCUCCGUCGUCUCCUCCAACAACUGCUGGAGCAAAUGCAGAUUCAACAUCGAUGCCAGUGUUGGAGAAAGGACACUCUGAUUUACAAUCAGAUGGUGAACGCUUAAAUUCAGCACCAACGCCUCCAUCGCCCCCAGAGCAACCACCAUAUUCUUGUUCUCCCAACGAUCGAACUUCUUUCACGUCUUCGUCGAGCCAACGUCCCGCUCAUACACCUUCAGAGCCUUAUAUCACUUCGUUUGAGCAUGAUACAUUUGUAUCAGACCAAUCAUCAACCGCCAAAGCAACACAGAAAACAGUAACUCAAGUUUCUGCGUCGGAGCUUCCACACGAAGUCCCACCUGCAAUUCAUAGUCGUAUAUCCGUACACUCAUUGCUCGGAGAUGACGUUGAGCCUCCGCCUAUGCCGGGCCCUCUGCUUGACGUGGACGAAGAGAAGCUGAUAAUUCUUGAAGAGCUUAAUCGGGAGCUCCGUGCUGUCGAAGAACAACAACUGGUUCCUUCACCUGAUGUUUCGGAAAAGGAAAUUCAUACCCCUACCCGAGUUCCAUUCUCACCAGAAACGAACUCUGCAGAAUCGCAGAGAUUUAUGAGUGUGAGAAGACAAUCUGUUCGUCGCCAAUCAAAUUUCAGUCCCAAUACCACUUUUGCAGCAUCUCCAGGUGAUGCAGAAACGAGUUUGCGCUUUAGAAACUUUGCUCACGAUCCAUUCAGAUCAGACAGAAGUGAGCUCGAGGACAGUCCCACUCAAAAUAGUUCCGUCCUUGGUGGUAUCAAUAGUGAUCAUCAAUCAACAUCUGAGUCAGGAGAAAUUGAAGACAUCCCAGAUACCCUUGUUUUCAAGGAGGAGGACGACCCGAUCAAGGAGGAAGCACCGGACGAGGAGAACAGAAAUUCAGGGAUUAUGGCUGAUACAGAUGCGGUUUCUCUCUCAGAGAUCGCAGCAAAUCACCCAGAGCGGGUGGAGCAUACCCCACAGGAGGGUCAGAAUACUACAGCAAAUACUUUAGAUGGCGUUUACCUCAACAAAGAUCAUCAAAAAUCGUUCGAAACCGAAAUUGAACAAAUUGAUCCGGAUAUUCUAGCUCUCAGCCAACCAAAAGAUGAGGAGCAAGAUACGCCUGCCGAGUCAAUACAAUUAAGUAUACAAGACGACAGCAUCAACACACACAAUGAUCAAUAUGAGGAUGCUCAGUCUCAACUUGUCUUUGGAGAAGAAUAUCUGAAUCAUUUAGAAAGACACGAAAAUGCUUCAGAUUCAAGCGAAGGAGAGACCCAAUUCUACAGUUACAACGACAGUCACUUCAAAACGAGCGAUUCUUCAACACAAAAUACUCAAUUCCAACGUGUGACAAAGUCCAACGUCGACUCUAACUAA